UUUACACCACAUUGUGACCUGACCAUUGUUGUUGUAUGUGAAAAAAGCAAAAAUGAUUUAUAUAAAUGCUCACAAUAACAGUGAUAUAAAAUCAAAGUGUGGUGUUCAAGGUUGAUGAAAGAAAAUUAUGUGACAUGACACUGGCACAUCCUAACAAUAAAUGACUUUUAUUUUAAGUCUGUGUGCCUCAGAUCUUGGAAUUUAGUGGUUUAUAUACCUUCUGAACCCUUGAAGAGCACCUGCCUCACAUUAACCCCUCACCUCUCCAGUUAAUCACAAAUAAUGCUCUGUAAAGCGUCUUUGAUUGUACAAAAAGUGCUAUAUAAAACUGAUGCAUUCAUUAUUAUUAAUAACAGCAGUCUACGGUCGUUUUCACAGAGACAAGUUAGGUGGGUGUAAAAAUGCAUUUGCUCUGAGAGUGGUGCACUUGGGCCAGUGUGAAUCCAAUAGUCACAUUUUGGAGCACAGUAAACUGCUGUUAUAGGAGUGCUUGGAACAGGUCUCGGAGCGGCUCCACUCACACUCUGCAAAGGGACGACUAUGGUAUGAACAUGGUACAAGUAAAAACACUUGGACUUGGGCAAAAAAGCACUCCAAUCAUGUGUAUUUGUCUGAAUGGGCAGUUGGGCACCACAGGACUGUAUAAUUUGUUCAUCUGACAAGUCAGUUUGGAUCAGCUUAUCUCCUCCUGCCUCUGUCUGUGCAGAAACUAAGGACUGACACGAUAAUUACCAUUUCGACUUAUUGUUCGACAUAUGAAACAUGGAACUUUGGAUGGAAAAGAAUUAUUUUUGGGAUGGUCAGCCGGUGAAGAGGAAGAAGGGCCCUGCUCCCAAGAUGCUGGGGAACGAGGUGUGCAGUGUGUGUGGAGACAAGGCAUCCGGCUUCCACUACAACGUCCUGAGCUGUGAGGGCUGUAAGGGCUUCUUCCGCCGCAGUGUCAUCAAGAGCGCCCAGUACUCGUGCAAGAACAACGGCCGCUGUGAGAUGGAUAUGUACAUGCGCCGCAAGUGCCAACAGUGUCGCCUGCGCAAGUGCAGGGAGGCCGGCAUGCUGGAGCAGUGUGUGCUGUCAGAGGAACAGAUCCGACUGAAGAAGCUGAAGAAGCAGCAGGAUGAUGAGACCGCACGUUCCUCCUCAGUUGUGACCCCCACCCCUCCCCCUGACCCUGCCACCCUGGACCCUCAGCAAGAGGACAUGAUCCAGAAGCUGGUGGCCAUGCAGAAACAAUGCAACAAGAGGUCUUUUCUGGACCGACCCAAAGUUACUCCGUGGCCUCAGAGUCAGGACCUGCAGAACAGAGAGGUGCGGCAGCAGCGCUUCGCUCACUUCACUGAACUGGCCAUCAUGUCCGUGCAGGAGAUCGUGGACUUCGCCAAGCAGCUCCCCGGCUUCUUGGAGCUGACCAGAGAAGACCAGAUCGCUCUGCUCAAGACUUCCACUAUAGAGAUUAUGCUGCUUGAGACUUCCCGGCGGUACAACCCUGCCAUUGACAGCAUCACAUUUCUGAAGGAUUUUAGUUAUAACAAGGAGGACUUUGCAAAAGCAGGGCUCCAGAUUGAGUUUAUCAAUCCCAUCUUUGAGUUUUCUAAAGGAAUGAAUGACCUCCAUUUGGACGAGGCAGAAUACGCCCUGCUCAUCGCCAUCAACAUCUUCUCCGCAGACCGACCCAACGUCCAGGACCACGAGCUGGUGGAGAGGCUGCAGCAGCCCUAUGUGGACGCUCUGCGCUCCUACAUCAUGAUCAAGAGACCAAAUGACCACCUGAUGUUCCCACGGAUGCUGAUGAAGCUGGUCAGCCUCCGUACAUUGAGCAGUGUCCACUCAGAGCAGGUGUUUGCACUGCGCCUCCAGGAUAAGAAACUGCCCCCUCUGCUGUCCGAAAUCUGGGACGUGACCGAGUGAAGGUGACCUAGUGAAGGUGACCCAGUGAAGAGGCUCUGCGGGCUGCACACUCUGCUAACACAGACUUUGAGAGAGGAAAGAAUGCUCUCAUUCAGGCCACACUGUUUUCUUAUGGACACUAGUUUGGAGCCUUUUUAUUCUAUUGAUUUUGGCAAAUGUGGGUUGGUUAUGGCAAGAUUACCAGCAUCAGUUUAGCUUGUUGUAUUUGAAUAAUUAUUAUAAAAACCACAACUUCCAUUUUGUAUCCUAACUGACUGCAGGUUGUGAAUGCAGCUGUUACUAGAAAUGGUCAAAACUGAAUUGCAUUUAUAUUAGUAGAUCAUUGUAACAUUCAGUGUGUAUACAUGCAAGCUGUGGAACACAAAGACUCGAUUCAGAAAGGUUUUAAAAAUAUGUUAACAUGCAGACAAAGUCAUUCACAUUUCUCUCAAUCGCUUUAAUACUCCUGGAUAAUCCAUGUAUUUUUAGAUUUUGGUGAUUACGGCUUAGAGGGAAAGCUGCUGUUUUGGUCUUCAAUAUAAAAAAGUAUGACUAGCAUAGCAUCAAAUUAAUUUAUGUGCCUUUAGGAUAGUCUGUUAACAAGUAAGAAAUGCACUUCCUAAUGAAUGUGAAAGUCAACAUCAUAUUUCCAGAUGACAUUGUUACCACAGAGAGGGUAAUCUAAUGUAAUACCUACCCUGGUAAUGAUCUGGAGAAAAUGUUAAAUAGUGAUAAGCGCUUUUCGUUUUGAAUGCAUUUUAAUACUCAAACACAGAUAUAUCAUAUCUGUGAAAUGUGGCUGCCUGAAGGAUACCUUUAGUUACCUUUAGUUACCUCUUGGAGGCCACAUAAAAUGAUAAGUAUUAGUGUAACCUACCUAAGCUGUAUGUAUACAAACUGAAUGUUACAUUUGGACGGUGAUACUCUGGAUAUUAAAGCCUCGUCCAGUGAAUGUUCCUUCAGGGGUUGCACAGGGGAAAUGAUUAGACCUUACAAUUUCUGUGGUGGAAAUACGUCAUUUUUGGUAGAGGUUUGUUCAAAAGGGACCCUUUUGGUCAUGUGUAGAUGCCUAAAUGUAUGUAAAUGGCAUAUUUAACUUCACAGUAUGUUAGAAUGCACAUGGAGAAUGCACAUCCUGAUAUUGUAUAAUUGCAUUGUAAUGCACACAGAAGUUCAGAGUUCAUAUAGUUGAAAGAAAUGUGACUGACGCAUUAUGAGCAUUUGGUUGACACUGCAAAAAAUAGGAAUAGGAAUAUUACUCUUAAUAUUUUGCAGUGGAUAACUUCACAAUAGCACACAGUGGUUGACAUUGGUUUAGGAAUUGUUGCUACAAUCUGGAACGGGUCGUUUAUUCAUCCGCAUUGCUUUGGCUAACAUUGCCAACCGUUAUCACAACAAUACAAUGAACCAAUGCUGCUUUCAGGAUUCAAUUAAUACUUGAUAACUCUUAAUGCAUAAAAAUUGUACAUAUUUGAAUGAAUAAUUAUUAAGUCUCUACCAUGCUAGAAAUUCAAGAUUUACUAUUUAAGUCCUACUUAAAGUGCUUUCUGUCGAAUUAGAAUGCUAUAAUUAGUUUCCAACCUACAUGGUAAAAUCAGAUUUCUUUGUUGGUUGGUAUAGUCUUUAUUUAACAUAUCAAACUCCAGCUCUGAUUACUGUAUAAUAAACUGAGGGUCAGCAGAAGUACAAAGUUCUAAUACCGGCAGGUCUGGUCUUUACUAAUCAAUAUGUGCGUAAAUCAUGAUAUUGUUAUUUGGGUAAUAACUUAUUUUUAUAUAGGCUGUACAAUGCAUUUAACCAGCAUGAAAGGACUGAUUUACUUAAAGAGGGGGUAUAAUGCAAAAUUGACUUUUUGGAACUUUGUACCUUGUUAUAACGUUCCCUCAUUAAAAACAUACCUCAAGAGAUUUUAGAUGUCAUUCAUGCACGUUUGACUGUUUUAGUCAUCUCUCCCUAUUUGAACCCUCCUUAAGGUUAGCUGUAAGAUUCUGUCCAAUUCUCAUUCCACAAGCCUUCCUACCCAUGCUCCCACACAGUAAUUCUCCAUAAAUGUACAAAAACUUGAUACAAAACUGUCCACAGCAAAUUUACAAACCUGGUGCAAAGUGUACUAGUUUCAUUAGCAGGAUGCACACUGAUUGUGUUGAGACAAUGCUCUGAAGGGGGAGUGGGAGACAGUUUUUGGCAAAUAAAGCAUUCUCAGAACAAUUAAAGGUAACAUUAUGAUUUAAAAUAUGUUAUCUGUUAGCAGUUAAUACCCCAUAGAAGUAUAAUACCCCCUCUUUAACAUAGGCUACUACAACUUUGCCUUCUCCCCUUCUUGAUAACUGUUAUAUUUUGUGACAUUCAUUAAACAUUUGUGUCCAAAAUGGGAAAACUGGUGGCAAAAAUUGUGUAGUGUAAAACUGACAUGACACAAAUUGACCAUACAAUAAUAGAAUGGACAUUUCUCUUGUUGACAAAUGGAGUUUGCUGCUUUUGAAAUUGUGGGUGUCAUUUUUCAUUUUAUGGAUUUUACUAAUUGCUUAUUUUAAUGCUAAGACGAGUUCAUGUAUCGUUUAACAAAGAAACGGCAUAAUUGUUAUUUCAACUUGAGAACAAGAGAAUUACAUGUUUUUCUCAUGUUUAUUAUGACUAGAUGUCUGGAGCGUUUGAACUGUACAUAAGAUCAUUUGUUUCACUGUAAAAAUAGAAAUGCAAACUUAUUUUAAUACUUCCUGUCAGUUUUAUAUGUACAGUAUGAAUAAAAGCUAUUCUCUAGGUGGCUUA